AUGGAUGAGCUUGAUAUAAAGUGUAAGCAUUUGAGGAUGGCAGUGAAGAGGGACUUAGGGUAUAAUGUGUCUGAUAGUCAAUGUGCAAGAGCUAAGAACAAGGCCAAGGAGAUAAUAGAAGAGCAAUACUCAAGGUUACGAGAGUAUUGUGAUGAGGUUAGAGCAAUUAAUGUUGGAAGCACAAUGAAGAUAAGGUUGGAGCCUCCUCCACAUUUUCAAAGGCUUUAUGUAUGCCUUGAUGCAUGCAAAAAGGAUUUUCUUGCUGGUUACAGACCCAUUAUUGGAGUAGAUAGGUGCUACUUGAAGGGUCCUUUCUUAGGACUGGAUAGAGCAUUUGACUUUGUGGUGCCUCAAGCCCAGCAUAGAUGUUGUGUUAGGCACAUGUAUGGGAACUUCAAGGACAAGUUCAAGGGCAAAGGCCUAAAGGAUCUGUUAUGGAGUGCAGCUAGGGCAUCAAAUAUGUAUGAAUUUGAGGUUGAAAUGAAUAAGCUAAAAGAUAUGAAUGGAGCUGCAUAUCAUUGGUUGAUGUCAAAAGAUCUAGAUAAGUAG